AUGCUUGAUGUAGAAGGUACCUAUAAAUGGUCAACAUUCUACCGAUCCUCGGAUCCAGAAAACAACUAUAAAUGGACCUAUGCCAGCAGCUUCUUUUUUGCUAUGAAUGUCUACACAACGACUGGAUAUGGUUCGAUCGCACCUGAAACGCUAGCCGGACAAUGGUUCGUCAUCAUUUACGGAUUUAUCUUUGUACCACUCACAUUAGUAGUAGUUCGUGACCUUGGACAAUGGGCUCUUCUCGGCUUUACCAAAGUGUAUGCUAAGACACUCCUCAAGUACAGAAGAUGGCGUGGACGAAAAUCCGAGAAGAACAAUGAAGUUAUUCGUUUACCAAUAAUCAUCAGCGCGCUCAUAAUGAUCGGUAUGUUCAAUUUUCUGUAAAG